AUGGGCCGAGAAAAGCGAAACCUGCCCGCAGCUGUGGCAGGUGGCCCCAAAGAGAGGCAUAGACGAGCCCAACGAUCCCAGUAUGAUCAUACGGCGCCUGUGCCCGCAGGCUUUGUUGCCAAGCCAGCUUUACCAAAGACGACCAAGCAUCACUCAUAUUUCGAGUUUGUCGAAAAUAAAGACAAGAAGAAGAAGCUUGAAUUUCAGAUCACUACCAAAAAAACACCCCCUCCUGGUUUCGAGUUUGUCCCUGCUGGCAACCCUGAACUAACUCAAGCAUGCAAAGAACUAUCCCGCGAGAAGGAUGCUAUGAUAUUUAUCGUCUCGCUGAAGAACGCAAAGGAACCGUCUGUGGCAAACACAUUAGCACACCAGGUCCAUCGGGUUGGGCAUCACGUCAGAGAAACGAUUGUCGAGGAAGCCCGGGCUAGUCUUGGACAAGCAAGGGAAUAUGACAUGCCUGUACUUCGUGGCGCUCCUGAGCCUAUCCCUGAGUCACAGGAGGAAUACGAUGCCCAGGUGGACGCUGCCCUACGCGACCUGUUCCCCAGAAUCCCAAAUACCGAUCGUCAAAUGAUUAUCGAACAUGCAUUCAGACGGGACCCGACCGGCAAAAGCGAGAAGGAAAAAGUAGGCCUCUCGGAAGACAUUACCCUCGCUCGAAGGGUUCAACUAGCAGUCCUUGCUCACAUUCGACAUACCCAUACGCGGUAUGAUACCUUGCUAAGGGAAACCAGCUGGCAGAAUGCUCGCAAAGUUGUUGAGACACUGUGUUUGGACACACUCGUCAAGUGGCGAGGUGAUGAGGAAAGCGGCCGAGACCAACUGGAUGAGAUCUUGCGGGAGGUCGUCGUGAUUUCCGACUCGGAUGGUGACGACUCAGGCCAUGAGUCCGACUCGUCCGUUGAAGAGGUUGUGUAUCAACCCUUGAAUCCUAUUCUCAGCAGACCUGUACAGAAUAUUUCUGGUCAAGUUGGCCCUGGUCGCCGCCAAUCCCCUAGGCUCACAUCGGCCGCAAAGGCUCCUGCCACCCCUACGCAGAGAGGGAAGGUUAAGAAAUCCAAGCGUAAGAAUUCGGCCGAAAAGAAAGGACAACGCGGAUUCAAGAGAUAUCACCAAGCCUGGCAGAAUGCCAUUGAUCGAAACCGCAAUGUUGAAAACCCGCCCUCCCUAUCUUCCCCAGUGCCACCAACUCCUCAAUACACACAAGGUCCACCGCCUACAACUUUGAUCCCAAUAGGUGAAACACUGCCUGCUGCUUCUCAGUUCAGGCUUGUCUCAGGGGGUGCUGGGCCUACACCUUAUGAGAACGGGUAUGUUGGAAAGCCUCAGUAUCUUUCAACUGGCCAUUUUGAAAGCGCUGGGCCGCAAGUUGCCCGCAAGGUAAAGUCUCCGUUUUAUGAGGUACCACCCACUUCACACCCUCCUGUGUCCAUGGUGAACGAUCGUUUACAGGACAUGUUGGUGCGAUCAAUUGAGCCUGCAUCUCCUAGCACUAUGAAACCGUCCUUUGUGCGUGCGGUACCGCCCCGGGGACAAGGUUUCGGGAAUGAGCCGCCCAUGAGUACUAGUAUGCAGCAUCCAGUUGUCAUGUCUUCCCCAUCCCGAGGUAUUGAUGCGAGAGGCGAGCCCAUGCAGAUCUCGCGAUCCAUAGCGGGCGAACCAAUGGCCUUCGGAGACAGGCUCUAUCAAUUCUCUGGGGCAGAUCCUCAACACGGACCGGCUAUCCCUACUGCUCCUCUGCAUCGUUAUGAUACAAGAUCGCACGGAAAUCCUAGUGUACCUCUACAUCGCUACGAUACAAGGUCGCGUGGAACGCAGAACCCUGCCAGGAUCUUGGUAAGUCGUCGGCCAUACAAUGAGGUACAAGGGCCUGGAGACCGUGAUACCCCAAUUGUUAUGGAAGAUCGCGGUGGUUUUUAUGAACGAGUUCCAGUCCGUUCAACUGUAGAUCAUCCAGCGUUUGUCCGUGAUGAAAGGGCCCCUGAACACAGGCGGCCCGCCCCGGAGCCAUAUAGAAUCCCCACAGGACACCAGGCCAUCCCUUGGCAGGAAGGUGCUCAACUGCUACAAGGAAACCAUAGCAAUGGAGGAGCCGAAAUGAUUCCCAUCAACCGUGUGCCCUUGGAAGGUCGACAACACCCUGUUUCAACGGAAUAUCGGGCUGUGCCAUAUCAUGCCUCGGCGCCAUCAAGACCUCACGAUGGCGUAAAAAGAUAUUUUGAGCCGGAACCCCGUGUCGUUCGAUAUAAUCCACCCGGCCCGGAAUCUCGCCCGAUCCUGAAUGAGCCCAUUGCGCCGAGAUAUGAACAAUUUCGCGAGAUUCGUUACGACGAACGAGUACCUGAAAACUUUCAACAGCGGGAGCCAGCACACCGAUACUACCGAGAGGAUCUCCCCAUAACAGAAGACCGCCGGCGGCCUCCGCCCCUGCACUCACGACGACUGGAUGAUGUGAUUGUGCUUGAGUAA